AUGUCAUUACCACACUGCCCAAAAUGCAACUCCGAAUACACCUACGAAGAUAACGGCAUGUACAUCUGCCCGGAAUGUGCCUACGAAUGGAACGACGCAGAACCUGCACAGGAAAGCGACGAGCUGAUCGUUAAAGAUGCUAACGGCAAUCUGCUGGCUGACGGCGACAGCGUUACCAUCAUUAAAGAUCUGAAGGUGAAAGGUAGCUCUUCGAUGCUGAAAAUUGGCACCAAAGUGAAAAACAUCCGCCUGGUUGAAGGCGACCAUAACAUCGAUUGCAAAAUCGACGGUUUUGGUCCGAUGAAACUGAAAUCUGAGUUUGUGAAAAAGAACUGA